UCGAACGGUUAGAUAUCCGUGUGGGCGGCCAUAAUCGGGAAGUCAAAUCAGUGAUUGAAAUGGUGAAAUGACGACCAGAGCGACGAGUUCGCUCGGCGUUGCUUUGUAAGCGGGAAGGCUGCUGCGGGCGCCUUCGGCAAAUCGGAGUAAGCUGUGCCACAAACCACCAAUGAACUAUAUUCGGCGGCGCAGCGUCUCCGUAAGCUCGUGCGGCACGACCCGCGAUCCGACCGACAUGGAACUAGUUUCGGAGUCGUUCAGCUCCGAAAGCUGUGAGACUAAAAUGAAGGAUGAGUACAAGUACAUGGACGAAGACCAUUCCGACUCCAUCCUCAAGGGUCUCAGCGCUUUUCGGGCCAGUGGAGCGUUCUGCGACGUCGUACUGUGCGCCGAAGCCGCGGAGUACCCGUGCCACAAGGUUGUGCUUGCGUCUUUCAGCCCCUACUUCAGGGCGAUGUUCUCUAGCCAAAUGGCCGAGCAAACGCAGAACCGCGUGGUCCUCAACGGGGUCGAAGCGGAGACGCUUCGGGACCUCAUCGACUACGCCUACACGUCCACCAUAACCAUCACCCGCGCCAAUGUCCAGUCUCUUCUGUCAGCGGCCAACCUUCUGGACGUGGCGCCGGUCAAAGAGGUCUGUUGCGCCUUUCUCGAGCAGCACAUCGACGAGACAAACUGCCUAGGCAUCCACACGUUCGCCGAGAUGCACGCCUGUACGGAACUCCAGGCCAAGGCGAAGGACUACGCAUGCCGCUCUUUCGAACUGGUGAUGCGUCACGAGGAGUUCUUAGAAAUCUCGGCCAACAAGCUCGUCGAAUUCAUCUCGUCGGACAACCUGAAGAUAGAGAAAGAGGAGCAUCUGUUCGAAGGCGCCCUCUCCUGGCUCAAGCACAGCACCGAGUCGCGGAUGGAAGGUUUCGAAAAGAUCUUCGAACACAUACGCUUGCCCCUCAUGAGCCCAUACUACCUCGUCGACGUGGUGGCGACGACCCCCGCCGUGUCCCAGAACCAGAGAUGCUGCCAGUUGCUCGAGAAAGCAAAGGCCUACCACUUGCUACCAGAUAGGCGGAAAGAGAGCCACCAACCGUGGACUACUGUCCGGAAGAAUUCCUCCAUGGUUGAAGUCACUAUCUUGGUUGGAGGUGAAGAUGAUAAAGUGGUUCUGCGGAAUGUGGACUGCUAUGCUCACAGCAGCCGGUCGUGGCUGAGCCUUGCUUCUCUCCCAUAUGCUGUGAGCAAGCACGGUGUGACCGCUACUGGCCAGAACGUUCUUUUCAUGGCUGGUGGAGAAUACCCAGAUGGAUCUGUCAGCAAGGCAUCAUGGCGCUUCGAUCCAGCAUUGAACACCUGGUCUGAAGCAGCCCCAAUGAGCGUUGCAAGGUCUGAAGUGGCCCUUGCAGCGCUAGAUGGUUGUGUGUAUGCCAUUGGUGGCUGGGACGGCACGUCACGUCUCGCCUGUGUUGAGUGCUACGACCCCGCAUGCAACCGGUGGGACAUUGUGCAGCCAAUGAAAGUUCCGCUGACAAGCCCUGCUGUGGCAUCGCUCCAGGGAAAACUUUUUGUCACUGGCGUGGCAGUCGCCGAUAUUGGAAGCAGUGCUGACAAUGUCAAGUCCUACAACCCAGUUGCUGACGACGUUGACAGCAUCGACAGUGUUCAGUGCUAUGACCCUAAAGCUGACUCUUGGAAGGAGCUGACCCCGAUGUUGAUGCCAAGGUCAGGUGCAGCCUCGUGCGUGUUUGACAAGAAAAUCUACGUGAUCGGCGGCUGGCACGUGUCUGAAGAGAACACAAACAAGGUCGAGUGCUUCGACCCACGGACCAACACAUGGCGCUUCUGUAGGCCCAUGAGAGAGCGCCGUUACAAGCCUGGCGUGGCUGUCGUUGGGAACAAGAUUUUUGUGUUUGGUGGUGAAGAGAGCUGGGACCAGCACCAUGCCACAAUGGAGGUGUAUGAUGCACAAGCCGAUACGUGGCUUGGUUUGUGGGAAAUGCCGCUGAAAAGGAGCUGGCUUGGGUGUGCCACGCUAAGCAUCCCACUCCACAUGUUUGACGAAGAGCACGAAUGGGUGGCACCAGAGAUGUGAAACGCUGGUGAUGUGCUGCUUGCCACUCACCAGCAUUUCUGCCUUCUUUGCAGCUAUUGCACGCUGCUUGAAAACAGUGCGUGCUGCUUUUUUUUUUUAGUUAUUGUUGUGCCACCAGUGGACACUUGUACAGUUUCAUGCGAUGGAACAGUGCUUUCCAAACUGUGGUACCCGCAACCUGCCAAAGCUAUAUCACAUUACAGCUGCACUUUGCCUCUACCUACCAACAUCUUUAGCAGUUUUGAGCAUGCACAGUAAUACAAGCAUUUACUGUGAAAUUUAUUUUUAAUAGUGUAUGAAGCAAUUUACAGAGAGCGUGCAGGCCACUAGGAAUGCUUAUGUAAUAACCAGAGAGCUUGUUUGGCAUACCAAAGGACAUUCUGCUAGACAGCUUUGCAAUAGAUACUGAAUGGUAAUGGAAGCCUACAUUCAUCUGCAAUCCGUACAAGCUCUCAAACCACUGCAAUUCUGCAAACCAGGCAAUUCUGAUACAGCCUCUACUUUACAGAAGCAACAGCUCCUUUCCCUGCCAUGGUCGCGGCCCACAGUUGAAGCACUGUUGUAUUGCUUUACAACCGCAUACUAGUACUUGCCAUUUUUGCCAGGAGGCCACUACUGCCACUCGUGGCCGUCUAGUCAUUGAUCUUAUUUUCAAGCACCGUUUAUUGGUGCCUGCUUUUAUAUGCGAAAGUUUGUAAAUUUUAAAUGCAUUGAGCGCUAGCUGUACCACAACUGUUUCAUGUUCUCAGCUGGGAUUAGAGGUGUACCUGUGUUGGAGUAUACAGAGACAUUGACUGCACGGUGCAGAACUGUGAAGAAAUGUGCAACCAUACACACAUACCUUUUAAUUGCCACUAGGAGCCGUCUAGCUCACUGAUGGGGCUCGUGCAUUUAUUCUGUGGAAAACCAAGUUGACAUUGUGAUAUGUGCUGAAGAAACCAGGCUAUUUGUUGCAUGCUUGGCAUGAACUUUUAUUUAUUUAUUUAAACAAUUUUAUGCUUGAAUUCAUUUUACUAAAGUGGUCACAGCCUUGAAGACUUAUUUCUAUGUGAAUAAACGUCAUGUUUACAUUACA